GGUGCCGGGUUAUGCUGGUGGCCAUCAUAGUUUACUUUAUACAUGCCCGGGUUUUUGCUGUCCUCACAGACCGCAUCGAGCAGUUGCUCGAGUCUAAGUCAUCAUGCGCUCGGAUUUAGUUUUACCGCUCUUUGUUUGUCUGGUGAGAAUCGAUUUGGUCGAACCGGAAAAAUUCGUGAUCCAUUCCUCAUCUCGACCCGAAGCCUCGAACAAAGAAACAAAAUGCGGCUGCGAAAAUGAAGCGCCAACGUUGCAGAGCGUCACGGGGGAUGAUUCUGCUUUCAUGCAAUACAUGGAGAAUAUGCUGAGCAAACAGUGCGAUCUCAAGGACGCCACUGCCUGCAACCGAGUUUACCAGGGGAAUAACGAGGUGUAUGACUUUAUAGUGGUCGGAGCUGGGAGUGGCGGAUCGGUGGCGGCGGCGAGGUUGAGCGAGAACCGCGAGUGGGACGUCGCCCUCCUGGAGGCGGGAGGCCCGGAGCCCCUGGGGGCCCAGGUCCCCAGCACCUACCACAACUACGAGGGCCACGCCGAGAUCGACUGGAACUUCUCGAUGGAGCCCCAGGAAGGCGCCUGCCUCGGCUGGCCCCAAGGCAGGUGCCACUUCGCUCGAGGUAAAGUGAUGGGCGGGACAGGCGUUCUGCACGGGAUGAUGUACAGCCGCGGGAACUCCUGGGACUUCGACGAGUGGGAGCGACUGGGGAACAAGGGCUGGGCCUACGAGAACGUCAUCGACUACUUCCUCCGGUCGGAGGACAACACGGACUACAUGCCGACCUACGACUCCGAGGGCAACGUGUACCACAGCCGCGGAGGCCCGCUCACGAUCCAGCGGUUCAACCACGCGCCGCCGCUGGCCAAGAAGAUCAUCGAGGCUGCCGGGGAGCUCGGCGAACCCACCUACAAUGUCAUCACCGAUGGGCUUCACAGGGGCUUCACCCUCGCCCAGGCCACGACGAGGAACGGCACGAGGCUCAGCGCCUCCAAAGCCUUCCUCCAGCCGGCCAUGGAUCGCCCCAAUCUGAAGAUCUACCAACAUGCUCAAGUUACUAAAGUGCUUAUAACACCGACCACUAAAACUGCGAUAGGAGUUGAGUAUAUUCAAAAUAACGAAAAACAGCGGAUUUUUGCUCUGAGAGAAGUUAUCAUAUGUGCUGGAGCUAUUAUGUCACCCCACAUUUUGCUUCAUUCUGGAGUAGGCCCUGCUGAGCAACUUAAAAAAUUUGGAAUUCCCAUCAUUCAACAUUUGCCUGGAGUUGGAAAAACUUUGAUGAACCACGUUUCUUUUUCCGUCCCAAUCACAAUGGAUUACCCAGCUAUGCGAGUUCUUGAUGAAAGCACUUUGGAUGAUUUUUUAACAAACAGAAAAGGUCCAUUAACGAGUACCGGACUGAGCCAGGUAGCCGGUUUCGCAAGACUUGAUGAGCCUCUAGCUAAGCAUAAAGGUCACUUUGUGCCAGACAUUCAAUUUUUUUCUUCAGGUUUUCAAGCUAAUUAUUCGCGGACAGGGAGAAUCGGAGAAAUUUAUGGUCGCCAUGAAUUAUACUCUAUAACACCAACCUUGCUGCGCCCAAAGAUAUAUGGAGAGAUUCGUUUAAAAAGCAAAUCACCCUUGGCACAUCCUUUGAUUAUUGGAAACUAUUUACAGGAUCCAGAUGAUAUGAGAUUAUUAGUAAAAGGAAUUCGGUUUGUUGAGCGAAUGGUGAACACAACAUCUUUGAGGAGUACAGGGUCAAGGAUAGUCCCCUAUACAAUAAAAGGAUGUGAAAAGUAUCCAUUUGACUCGGAUGGAUUCUGGGAGUGUGCCAUCAGACAUGACACAAAUUCUGAAAAUCAUUGGGUAGGGACGUGCAAGAUGGGCCCAGAGAAAGACCGUCUGGCAGUUGUCAACUCUCAAUUACAAGUAUACGGAGUUCCGAACUUGCGAGUUAUGGAUGCAUCUAUAAUGCCUACAGUCCCGAGCGGGAACGUUAAUGGGCCUAUCAUAAUGAUCGGAGAAAAAGGAUCUCAAAUGGUAAAGGAUGCUUGGCUCAUCAGUAAGCGCUCAAGAAAGAAAAUCGAUCUAGAUAAAAUGAUGGAGGAAAUGAAAUCCAGUAAAACGUCUUCGUGAUCUACAGAGAAAUUUUUAAAGCUCGUCUAUCUUGAGUUCAAGAUUUUUUCCAUUUGUAAUAUAACUCAUCCAAGCUCUCUUACUGUUGUGGAAGACAACAUUCUGAGAGUUGAGUUUCAUGACAGCAAUGUUCUAAUACUUUUUUUUAACUGAUCAGAAAAAGGAGACGAAUUUCGACUGAACAAAAACAAAUUCAACUUCAGUUUCCUACAAUUUGAAAGCUUUAAGACCUGACCUAAAACAUAUCACAUGUUUCCUUUUUCAAAACUUAACCGGAAAACGACUUACAUGAUGGGAAUUUCGGAAAUAAACUCCCGAACGACAUAUUAACAUGGAUAUGUAACAUAAAUCAAAUGGAAGUUAGGUCAUACGAAUGAUGUCAUUCGUUUUUUUGCCAUAUAACAAAUGCUAAGUUUAAACCCUGAUAUCUUGUUGAAGAGUAGGUUACCAGACUUUCCUUUGUGUAAUUCGUUUUCCUUGUGAAAUUUUGAAGAGAAAACAUGUUGAGUAGCACAAUAUAUUAUAUUUUGUCUAAAGGCCUAUUCUGCUGGCUGAACUUUAACAUUCCGCAGAGAUUGAGGCAAAAAGGCAACCUUUUUGAAUAAAGUAAGCUUUCAAAAAUUCCUCCUAAUUGUUACCAUGAUUAAAUUUAUGACUAAUUGAGGAAAUUUGAUUUUUUUAAUUAACUUUUUUUCACCAAAAGAACUUGUAAUUUGCCCUGUUUUUUUUGUUCCGUCUAAAUGCGGUCGAUUAUGGAAUUCUACUCUCCAUAAUCCAUUUUCCUGAUCAUCAGAUGGUGUUUAUUUAUGGUUGUUAGUGUAAAUUUCCAUCACACCUUAUUUAAAUGAAAAAAAAAUCGUUAUCGUUCCUUUCAGAGUUAGAGAGUAGGAGGUAUUUUUAACUAGUUGCAGUCCCACAACUGUGCCAAGACUGAAGGGUAGAAUUUUUAAAGAGCCUGUUUAGGUAUAUCACCAGCAAGAAAAUAAAAGGAACCCAAUACUCAACUUGCUGAGGGUUAAGGGGGUGGCUGCAUUAGUUUAAUUAAUUAUAGUCGAUAACUUUUAGUGACUAAUAAUUUUUUACACCAUGUAAGUACAAAUAGAGUUAUUUUUAAGUUGUAAGAGUUGAUGAUUAUUUUAGGAUGUGUAUCAAUCUGUUCCUGUUGUAAGCUUGAGAUCUUUUAAAAACAGCAAAAUCUAUUGCAACAUUCAUGUAUCUCCGCUUAGUGCUUAAUGCUUAAUGUUUGACUUCUGAAACAGCUGAACUUAACAAACAAAACCUGAAAAUCAGUUCGAUGUUUUUUUCUCUACCAAGAAGUGAUUUGGUAGUGAAUUAUAUUUAGCUUUUUAGUAUUAUUUUUAUUUAUUUUUGAACGUAUUAUCUAAUUAACCAUUGAGAGUCAUUAGAAUGUAUUUGCAAAGAAUUUGGGAGGUUUUGAUUGUUUUGAUCUUUGUUCAGGAAUGUUAGUGUCACAAAAAAUUUAAUGAGAUCGCAAA